UGGCGUUGGGCCAAGCAACAAAGAUACCGACCAAACAAAAAAAAAAAGCAGAGAAAGCAAUUAGUAAGCAGAGUAUGAGAAACGAGAAGAGUUAAUAGGAAUUAAGAAGCAGGUUUAGGGCAUGGAUUAAAUAAAAGAGAAAAAGCAUUAAUUUAAUGAGGAAGAACAAGAGAAACUGUUUGUUUACUUUAUCGAGUUGAAGGUUGGAGCCGAAGAAGGCGAAACGAGAGAGACAGAGAGAUUAAUCGAUUAAGGGAAGGGUUUAGUUGAGUGAGGGUUUUGAAUUCGCAGAAUCGAUAAUGUCUCUGACGAGCGUGAAAAUGUCUUCGGAAGUGUGGUUAAGUUGCGUCACUCACGCAUUGUCCACCGAAACCGAAGAAAUCAUGGGCCUUCUCCUCGGCGACAUUCAGCAUUCCAAAAACGGCAGCGUCACGGCAUUGAUAUGGGGAGCGUCGCCGCAAACGAGGUCCGAUCGCCGCAAGGAUCGCGUCGAAACGAAUCCCGAGCAGUUGGCCGCGGCCUCCGCCCUCGCCGAGAGGAUGACCUCCGCCACCGGCAGAACCACCAGAGUCAUCGGCUGGUACCACUCGCACCCUCACAUUACGGUUCUCCCUUCGCACGUUGACGUGCGGACUCAGGCAAUGUAUCAGCUUCUCGAUUCUGGAUUCAUUGGCUUGAUUUUUUCAUGCUAUAGUGAGGAUGUAAACAAGGUGGGAAGGAUUCAGGUCAUUGCUUUCCAGUCCUCUGAUGGGAAGCAGAGUUCCAUUUCACGGCCUGUGCCUUUGUCUCCUGUAAAUAGAAGCUCUGUUAUUGAUAUUGAUUCGUCGCCCAGUUCCUCGGAGAAUGUCUCUGUGCGAUCUGGUUACUUUAAGGCAGAUGGCACUGAGCAAGACACCGGGGAUUCGACAAGUGUUGGUGCUAGUAAGGAUGGGGGAAGAUCAGACUUAGGGAAUUUCUUCGCUAAUGCUGAUGCCAACUAUCUAGGGAGAGAUAAAAGUGGAGGAAACUACCAUCUCAACAAUUUGGAGUCCAACACAGUUGAUGUUGAUCCCAUGGAUAUGUCAGAAAGUAUGCAGGAGGCUAUGCAUCGUUCAAAUUUGGAAAUGAGUGGUGCAGAAUAUGUAAGAAAAGAAAUUCCUCUUCAUGUUUUGCCAGCCCCAUCACUAAUCAACCUUGAUUCACCACUAUCGUCAUACACAGAUCUGCAACGUGUACUAUUUGAAGAGGAGCAAAAUGCUUAUAAUCAAGCCAUCUCACAAAAUAUGAGAGAUGGGAAAGUGCAUCCACUGACUUUCAUACACCAUACUUCAACUUAUCAGGCUUCCUUGUGCAAGUUGAUUGAAUAUUGUUUAAGUCCUGCAAUAAAUGCACUUCAAGAUCGACUGAGAGAGAAUGAAAUUCGGUUAGCAUUUCUGAGUGAAGAAGCCAAAAGUCUGGAGGCUGAGGCAUAUAGAGGGAGUGAGGCAGGUUUGGGAUCUCCACGUCAAGUUGCAUCUCCUGUACAUCGAGGAGGUUCCUCCCCUGGUGUGAGAAACUUGCAAGGUUCUCCUGAAUCACUCGGUUCUAGGAGUGUAGCUAGUCCUAGUAGCCGGAGCAGAAAAGGAUAUUAAAGCGACACUGUCUUUGGAUGUAAUGCUUCAACCAAUAUAAACGAUGAUAAUCUAUGAUGGUUUUGCUAAAAUGGGAUGUUUAAUGCGUAGAAUGUGCAUGGAAAUGGUAUUGCCUCAUCAAAGUUUGCUAGAUGAAAAUGAUGCUAAAUGAAGUAUUCUGCUAGUGAGUCUAAUAGUGUAGAAAUGGUGAUUUCAUUCACUUGGAUGUCGCCACGGACUGAUCCGGAUCCUUGGGCUAAUGAAGUUAAAAGCUGAUGAGGGGAGAAAGAAAAUUGUGUGCACAGAAUCGUAUACUGUCGCAAUUUGCUGGUAUUUUCAACGUGGAAAAGGAUUUUUGUAAAAAAAAGAAAGAAAAAGAAAAAAAAAAAAAAGAAGUUUAAUGACAAGUGAUUUGGUUAAGCAUGGCCAAACGAUGGAAAGGGAUACUGAAAUAAAUGAUAAACAUAAACUAUUUUUUCAUAAUCCUUACCCAGCAUUAGCUGGAUAGUAUUUGAAGAUGUAACUGGGGCUUGCUUGCCUCGACAACACUUUCAAUUUACCCUUAUUAUGUUCUACGAUGAUAACAUGAAGAAAAAGAUCCUUUUUGUCA